AUGGUUUUUGGAUCCGAUGAAGUGGAUCCAACAAGUGAUGCCAAAGCAUGGGAAGAACCCUUGAAUCUGAAAGUUGUGCUAAUGUCUGAUGACACCGUCCUUAUUGCGCAGUUGACAGAUGUGCUGCCAUCUUAUUCUCUGAAAUAUGAGAAAACACUGCAGAAACUUGGAAAUGUGAUACCGAAUGAGCACUUUAUCAAAGUUGGACUUGAUGUUGUGGAACAUAAAAUUGGAAUACACGAUUAUGGCAGUCCAUGGGUUGAACUUCAUAUUGAUGUAAUGUCUCCUUCAUGGAAUCAGUCAUUUCUAAAAAUGGUUUCUACCUUUCAAGUUCUAACUAAGGGUUUCACUGGAAAAGAUACGCCUGUAUUGGAAGCCUCAGAACGUGGCUUCUUUAUCAAAGAUUGCAUACCAGUACAUUUGAACAUUGACCUUCAUUCUGUUCAUCAUGGUAAUUUGUUUGAUCAGGGAACUUUUUAUUCACAUCACACUCGAGAAAUAUCCGAAUCUGUUAAGGACGAGGAAUUGGCUGAUUAUAUUAAAGUGUUGUCAGUGUUAUUGACCUAUGAUGUUUGUAGCCCAAUGUAUGUUGAUUUUGAGCACGAUAGAAGUUACUUCACUGUACGAUUUGCUGUCUUAGACGGAUACAAACUUCGAGAAAAUUCUGUACCAAAGGAUGCUACUAUUAUCGAAGGAUCGAUGUUUUGUCUAAAAAUUCGUUAUACCUCUUUACGCCGUAUUUUGGUCGAUACAAAAGUUCCUUGGGCAAGGAUCUAUGUUACACGCAUUUACUUUCAGUUAAAUUAUCCUCCUGAGAUACGCAGAUUUCGCCAGAAACUUGCACAGCGGGGGUCAUUGGAGUCGUUAGGGGAACGUUUUAGGUAUUAUCCAGAAACUGAUCACGAUACAAAAGAUAAAAGCUACUCUAUAAUGGCUAUAAACGAUAGUCCCGUACUUUGUCUGCAGUUUACUGAUUCAAUGAAUGAAGAGACACUAUACACUCUUCUCAGUCGGUUACAUGUUCGCGCCUCAUUACCAAUUCAGUUUGCUAGUGUCCAGCACUAUUAUUUCUCUGUGUUAAAUUACGUCUCAUUACCGGUACGGGUCAUUGGCUGUGAUUAUCGGAAAUCGGUCACUGAAGAAAAACUCUUACAAAACCCUCAAUCAUAUAAACCUGUAGAACCGGUAGUUGAUAAGUAUUGGUCUUCAAAACUUAAAUCAUUUUCAUUUGCACUGGAAUAUUUGAUUGCAGCUUUGCUGUCGAGAGGUGCUGUUGUGAAGGAUCAGUUGUUGAGAAGUAUUGAAGCAAGGAACUGUUUCUUGGAACAUGUGAUAGAAAACUAUGAGCAAGAUUUUGCGGUUACACUUGAAGUGUUGGAACGUUUAAUCAAUAUGGUGGAUGAAAUGAAAACUAUACCACCACUUAUGAUAGCAUUUGAUCAUAUACGAAAUAGUAUUUUUGAUAAAAAAGACCUCCUUGCCGAUAUUUAUAACAGAAGUUAUGAGGAAGGUUUUCAGCGUGUUCGCAAGGCUGUUAUAACCCCAACUCGUAUGUUGCUUGUUAUCCCGGAAUUGUUAAUGGGAAAUCGUGUAUUGCGCGAGUUCGAUGAAAGUGGUAAUGGAGCUUUACGAAUUCAAUUCCGUGAUGAUGAUGGAACACGGUUGAGGCGAAGCAGUGCUGGAAUAUAUUUAAUUGAGACAACAGUUCAUAAUUGUCUUUUGCAUGGCAUUCAUAUAUCAGAUCGCCAUUUUGUUUAUUUGGCUUCCUCAAAUUCUCAGAUGCGUGAUAACGGAUGUUAUUUCUUUGAUGAUGGUAAAGGCGGUAAAGUGGGAAUUAUUCGUGAAAAGCUCGGGAAAUUUGAUCAUACCAAUAUUCCGAAACUGAUGUCACGAAUGGGGCAAUGCUUCACGCAGUCAAAGGAAAGUGACGUCACUUUGAGGCGUAAAAAAUAUAAUAAAACGUAUGAUAUAGUCGGUGGUAGAGAUUCUCAAGAUGAGCCUUAUAUUUUUUCUGAUGGGGUUGGAAAACUAUCGGAAGAUUUUGCGGAAGAAAUCGCGAAGGAUUUAGGCUUAGGAAGAUGUGUUCCUAGUUGUUUUCAGAUUAGACAUCGAGGUUUAAAAGGCGUAUUAUCCGUUGAUCCAGCAUUGCGACAACGUAGGAUAUGGGCUGAAAAACAUGAGUUAAUAGAUGAUAACAGUAAAACAGAGAAAGUGAACGAUUUAGAUGUGGUAUUUAGACCAUCUCAAGAUAAGUUUCAUGCACCGAGAAAAGUAGCCGUAGAAAUUGUUAAAUUUUCCAGUCCAACGCCAGUUUGCUUGAAUAGGCCGUUUAUUAAUAUUCUUGACCAGGUGAGUGAAAUGCAAGGAUUUGAUGUUCAUAAUCGUAUAAUUCAGCGUGUGCAUGACUUACUUGAUCGUCAGCUGAUGUAUCUCUCCGAUGCAAUGAUGAGUGAAGACAGAUGUCGUGAAAGAUUGGGCGAAUUCCCGCGGCGUGUAAAUGUUAAAUACUUGUCAGUUGCACGAGGUUUUUGCCUCACACAAGAGCCAUUUUUUCACAGCUUAUUGAUCGCAAGUUUUCAUUUCACUUUACAAAAACAGUUAUUCAAGGAACAAAUUCAAAUACCUCCUAAACUUGGCCGUAGUAUGUUUGGUAUCUUGGAUGAAACUGGAUUACUACAGUAUGGACAAAUAUUUGUGCAGUUUACGAAUAACGUUGCCAUUAAAACACCAUCAAAAGCAGCAGCUAAAACAAUACUUGAAGGUCCGGUAAUGGUGACCAAAAAUCCAUCAAUUGUUGCUGGAGAUGUCAGAAUUUUCCAAGCUAUUGACAUACCUGAAUUGCGCCACUUAGUCGAUGUAAUCGUUUUUCCUCAACAUGGUCCACGACCACAUACGGAUGAAAUGGCUGGAUCUGACUUGGAUGGUGACGAAUAUAGUGUUAUAUGGGAUGAUCAGCUUUUAUUUCAUCAUAAUGAAGAACCGAUGGACUUCAGCAAACUCAUUCGUGCUCCAAAUGAGCUGAAGGAAGAGGAAGUUGUUCGUGAAAUGCGGCGUUUUUACGUUGAAUAUAUCAAGCAGGAUUCAAUCGGUGUUAUAGCUAAUGCUUUCUUAGUUAAUUCUGAUGUGUACGGUAUUAACAGUCCUAUAUGUUUGAAGAUAGCUGAAAAACAUUCGCAAUCCGUAGAUUUUCCAAAAACAGGACGACCGCCUGAACCACUUGUUAGAGAGUGGACGUUAGGAACAGAUGGUGAAAUGUUGCCACCUGAACGCCCGGAAAGAUGGCCUGAUUUUAUGUGUAAAACUCAUGAACCUUCUUAUGUUUCAUAUCGCUUAGUUGGACAGUUAUAUAGGCGUAUUCAAUUAAUUCAUGAUGUUCUAACAUUAAGUACUGGCGAGAGUUUAGAUGUGGAUUUGGAUCCAAUGCUAGAAUAUGAAGGUUGGGAGAGCUUUGAAGAAGAGGCGAAAUUGACUUGGGAUGCAUACUCUGCACACGUCAAAGCUCUAAUGGAAAAUUAUGGAAUUGAAGACGAAGGUCAAUUAUUUUCGGGUUGUUUUAUCAAAAUACGUAAUCGAAUCGGUGAUCGUGACACUGAUGAUAUGUCUCAGUUUAAUACGAAUUUCAUUAUUGAACGAAAGCUCACAAACAUAUUCAUGAGUUUCCGUCAAAAUUUUUUUGCUUCAUUUGGUGGCUUUAUGGAGUGUACUCAACCAGAUGAUGACUUUCAUAAUAGGGAAAUGAUUGAACGAAGAUUUUGUGCCUGUCCAACUGUGGAAAUGAAAAAGAAAGCAUCUGCCUAUUACAACAUUUGCUAUCGUAAGAGUAACCAAUAUAGAUGUCGAAGAUUACUUUCUUUUCCGUGGGUUGCGUGGGAUAUCUUGGGCGAGAUAAAAAAAGAAAAUUGUGUGCUCAAAUCACAAAAAUUCCUUGCAGCUGACCCUCUUUCUGAACAUGUGACAAACGUGAUAACACGUUUUUGCAGAAAUAAUGAAGUGGAUUUCUAUCAAACUAUGGAAUGCUUAAAAAAAAGCACAGCUAAAUGUGGAGUUAUCAAACGAUAUUGCGACAAAUAUUUAGGUUUGGAUAAGUUAUUUUACUUGUUAUGCAAAUGGGGCGAACACCAACAUUUAUUUACAAAAUGUGUGAAGCAAGAGCAUUUAUGUUUGUUGCUGAUACAAUAUGGUUUGGGCCAUUUAAAGGGUGAAAACCUUCGAAGCAAUAUUUUUCUUGAACAGGUUAAUGAAAUUACUACUGAAAAUCCUGAUGACGCUCGAGAUUUAGGUAAACUAGUAGGUGGUAUUGGAAGAUGUUUACUAUUAUUUUUUCAAUACUUAAGUUCGCGAUCAUUUGAAACAGUUAAACUUAUCAAUUUUGCGGAACCAAAUCUGGGAUAUCAUUCACUAAUGAUGCGUGGUCAAUGGCUUGAUUUGCAUAUGGCGGCUGUUAGGACUUUUUAUCGUAUAGUGCUCACCAGUCGUUUCGAUAUCCGAUCAUUAUAUAAAAGCACACAAUUAUCGCCAAAUAAUUUCAAUUUGUUUGAAGGACCGAAGUUAAUUUUUAAUUUGUUCAAAUUUCAGCUGCCAGCUUUAUUAGAGACCGAACCAUUUACAGUUGAGUUACCGGAUAAUUUGACUUUUCAUGAUGACAUUUUGAAAGAUAAGCUGAGAAGAAAUUCAGGCGUACGAUAUAUACAUUUGCGAAGGGUUAUACAGAAGAAAAGUAGAAUUUUGAUUUCCGCUUUUGGUACUAUGGAAUCACUACAUCGAUUGCGAGAUAUUCUUGCAGUAAAGCCUUUAUCAACUCCUCAUUCUGAUAGCAAAGAACGUUUCGAUAUUAUGCUACGGCUUACUUAUGACCGAAUUCAAGCUUUACCUUAG